AUGGGAAGAGGUAAACCACAAUUACCAGGUCAAAGGAUAGUAGAACGGUGGAGACCACUUGAACCAGAUGAAAUCAAAAUAAACUUUGAUGGGGCCUUUGACAAACAAAUAUUUAAAUAUGGAAUAGGCAUUGUUUGUAGGGACUCAGAAGGAAAGAUACUUUACUGUAGAUUGGAAGUCAAUAAUCGAAUCCCUACGACGUUUGCAGCAAAGGCUUUGGCCUGCGUACAAGCGGUAAGAAUGGGCUUGGAUCUGAGUUACCAAAGGGUGGUGGUGGAAGGAGACGCCCUCAGCAUCAUUAAAAAAAUACAGAGAAAUGAAAAUGAUAAAUCAAUGUUAAGCCCAUACAUUAUCGAUAUCAAAACUCUUAGCAAAAAUUUCAACAAAUGUAGAUUUAGACGGAUAGGAAGAAAAGGGAACGAAACGGCGCAUGCAAUAGCGCAAGAAGCUUUAAAGCUUAACAUAACUACCUACAUGGAAGGACAAUCGCUUAGAACGGUGAUAACACCGGCAGUAAAAGAUGCCAAAGAUCUGGAACUGUCAUAG